UGCAGCUUCUAAUGAAAACUCAUCACAUCCAUCAGGAUCCACAGUGAAGGAAAUGCCAACAUGGGACCUAAGCGGAGAUUAAGCUUCAGCAAGGCGGCGUGGAGAAAAGCGCCUGUCUGGUUGUUAGCCAGUUUGUCGGUGUGUUUGUGCGUGUGCAGGGCUGAAGACAGUGCGAUGGAGAACAUCGUGACUGAGAAGAAGGCUGAGGAGAGCCACAGGCAGGAUAGUGCCGAUCUGCUUAUCUUUAUUCUCCUGCUCACUCUCACCAUCCUCACCAUCUGGCUCUUCAAACAUCGCCGCUUCAGGUUCCUCCACGAAACCGGUCUGGCUAUGAUCUACGGGUUGCUUGUUGGCGUUGUGCUACGCUAUGGGAUCCAUGUACCCCGUGACAUCAACAAUGUUACACUAAGUUGCCAUGUCAAUGCCAGUCCGGCCACGUUGCUGGUAAACGUCAGCGGCAAGUUCUAUGAAUACACACUGAAGGGAGAGAUCAGCUCCAAUGAAGUCAGUGAAGUACAGGAUAAUGAGAUGCUUCGUAAGGUGACCUUUGACCCAGAGGUGUUUUUUAACAUUCUUCUGCCACCUAUCAUAUUUCAUGCUGGAUACAGCUUAAAGCGGAGACAUUUCUUCAGAAACAUGGGAUCCAUUCUGGCGUAUGCCUUUGUUGGAACUGUGAUAUCCUGCCUCAUCAUUGGCUCACUGAUGUAUGGCUGUGUGACGCUGAUGAAGUUUACUGGUCAGCUGAGUGGAGACUUCUUCUUUACUGACUGCCUGUUCUUUGGUGCCAUUGUAUCUGCCACUGAUCCAGUGACAGUCUUGGCAAUCUUCAGCGAGUUGCAGGUGGAUGUGGACCUCUAUGCUCUACUGUUUGGAGAGAGCGUGCUGAACGAUGCCGUGGCUGUGGUGCUCUCCUCAUCUAUAGUUGCAUAUCAGCCACAGGGCGACAACAGCCACACGUUCGAUGUCACGGCCAUGCUGAAGUCCUUGGGCAUCUUUCUGGGGGUCUUCAGUGGUUCCUUUGCUCUUGGAGUGGCAACAGGAAUAAUGACUGCCUUGGUCACCAAAUUUACCAAGCUGCGGGAUUUCCAGCUGCUGGAGACGGCCCUUUUUUUCCUCAUGUCCUGGAGCACAUUCCUGCUGGCGGAGGCUUGUGGCUUCACAGGUGUGGUGGCAGUCCUUUUCUGUGGAAUUACUCAGGCCCAUUACACAUUUAACAACCUCUCCCCUGAGUCACAGGACCGCACCAAACAACUAUUUGAGCUGCUGAAUUUCCUGGCUGAGAAUUUCAUCUUUUCAUACAUGGGUCUGACAUUGUUCACCUUCCAGAACCACGUCUUCAAUCCAAUCUUCAUUGUUGGAGCAUUUCUGGCAAUUUUCCUGGGCCGUGCGGCUAAUAUUUACCCACUCUCCUUCCUGCUUAACUUGGGCAGGAGAAACAAGAUAAGCUCCAACUUUCAGCACAUGAUGAUGUUUGCAGGUCUCAGAGGGGCCAUGACUUUUGCCCUCUCAAUUAGGGACACAGCUACAUAUGCACGGCGAAUGAUGUUUACCACCACACUGCUGGUGGUCUUCUUUACUGUAUGGAUUUGUGGAGGAGGAACCACUCAGAUGCUGUCCUUUCAACGCAUCCGUGUUGGAGUGGACUCAGACCAGGACAAUUCAAUCGGCCCUGAUGGAUUAGAGAGGAGGAGCACCAAGCAGGAAAGUGCCUGGUUAUUUAGGAUCUGGUACAACUUUGACCAUAACUAUCUUAAACCUAUUCUGACUCACAGUGGGCCUCCACUUACAGCCACUCUGCCAGCCUGUUGUGGUCCAUUGGCUCGAUGCCUCACCAGCCCAAUGGCGUACGAGAAUGAGGGCCAGCUAAAGGAAGAUGACUCAGACCUCAUCCUGAACGACAGCGACAUCAACCUGUCUUACGGUGACAUCACAGUGAGCACCGAUGCAUCAGGGGUGCGCACAAUCGGAAUGCCAUCGGGUGCAUCGGGCGUCAACUUUGACGAGGCCCUGGACCGAGAGCUGGCCUUCGGUGACCACGAGCUGGUGAUUCGAGGUACGCGGCUGGUGCUGCCUAUGGAUGACUCGGAGCCGCCACUGCGCCACAGGGAAAUCUGAGCUGCAUGUGGAAAACCAACAAAAUGUCAAAAAGUGAAUGACAUGAACAAAUCAAAGGCAUUCCUAUCCCUCUCUCCAUCACACCCAACAGGAGCAACCUUUCUCUCUCUGUGUGUGUGUCCGGCCUCUUCUUUCUCUGAAGUGGCUGGUUUGAUGUCUCUACCUCAUUGUCACUGUCUUGCAUACCUUCUCAGUUCUUGCCGUCGAUUGUUGUGUUUGUAAACCAUUCUGCAUAUUUUUCACAGCUUGGUUGGCUGGUGUGGCAUUUAAGGCUUUGUGGCAUUUAAGGCUUUGUGGCAUUUAAGGCUUUGUAUGCAUAGUAAGUUCUGAAAUAUCUGUGUACGCCGGCUGUGCUUUCUGUUGUGUGAAUUAAGUCUGAUAUAAAACGGGUUUAAGUUUGAGCAGAGGUACUAGUUCUGAGUCUUAGACUUUCGAAACAUCUUUGUCUGAGAUUCAAAACAGAGACAUGCUAGCUGCAUGACUUAGGCUUAGUGUUUGCUGUGUGGCAAUCAAGUGCCUGUUGAGUUUGGUUUCUCUCCUUUUUAUCCUCACAGCAAACCAGCAUUGUUGUUCACUAGGUGGAGGCAUUGUAUCAUGAUGCUAAGCUUGCCUGGUUACUGUAGGUUUGCAUUGUGACUACAAAGAGGGAGGCAUGGUUACUGUAAUUUUAAGGGAUGUGUCACUCAUUGUGACCUGUGAUUGUUCAUGGAUAGAUGCCUGUAUAAUCAAAGGGCCGGGAAAUGUCAUUGACCUUUGACUGUGACUCCGGUGGUUUUACACCACUGCUGUUGUCCAUUCACACAUGGUCCUGCCUGUUGAGAGGACUCGGGCGUGGAUUCGUCAGGGCAGCCAUUUUUAAGUCUUUUUAAAUUAAACUGAGGAAAUGCCUUCAAAGGGCGCCUUGUCAAAUCGUCAAGGAAACAACUGACGUACCCUUCAGAUUCCACACUUCUGAGAUACUUUGCAGUGUUUUACACUAAAGCAGUGGAAGUCUUGACCAGUGAAUUUGCCUAGAAAUGCACUUCAAGUACUAGACAUUAUCUUUACAAGUUUUAAUAUUAAAUUGUAAGUAUGUGUUGUCAGGCAGUUAGUUAUACUUUUGAAACAUUUGACUGUGAGUACAUACAGACAGGUGACAAUAAAUAUCAAAAUAUACCAAAGCCAAUUAGAGAGAUGUUAUUAAGGUACUUACAUGGUUUUACAUAUUGCAUUUGUAAUUUUGGACUGCUUUGUAAAAUCAGGCUACGUGCUGUACUGUACAUGCGGUACAUACAUACAUACAUAAUUGUAAGCAAGUAAUAGUCUUGCUAAAUGGUCCAACAGUGACAGCUAGGCAGUGGUGAGUGAUUGUCUGAUCACUAGUUCAGUACUUAAACCACUGAACUACCACUGUUUAGUUCAUUUUGGUUUAUAUCAGUAUUAGUCAUUAUGCCACAGUAAAACACUUUGGUGUUGAAAUUUACAUUUGAAUUGUGGUUGAAAUCAAUGUUGUUUCAAACCCCUACAAAGUGAAACCCUUUAGAGUUCUGACUGCACAGGACUGAUGUCUUAGGGCAGGUCUAUCUAUCUUUUUUGUUUCUUUGAUCAGCUACAAGUACAAAAGACUUGGCAUUUUGUACAACUUAGGGAAAUUUAUCAAUUUGUCCCACGUUAUCAGUGCUAACAGCCGAUUUAAAAAUGUAACUACAUAAUUGUUACUUAAGGUUGGUUCAACAAUUCCUCUGUCUUCAGCAUAUUUUAUUAGCCAUUAGCUGUUUUUGUUACUUGUUUUGUUGCCAAAAUGUCAGUAAAAAAAAAAACUAAAUAAAUAAAUAAAUACAUUUUUUAACCAUGAGUGAAUUUAAAGAUGUUUGUUUGUGGUAGUAAGAAACUUGUAUGUUUACUGUGUAAUGAAAGCUUAUCAGCAGCCAAGCAGUACAACUUACGAAAGUAUUUAAGGUCGUAUGGUAUGUUAUACUCUAACAUCUACACAAACUUUCCACCUGGAUAAUUUAGGAGUAGGUCUUGUGUGUUUGGCCAUGAUCACUGCUGAAUGGACUGCCGCUCUUGUCUCUUAUGUUCUAUUGUUAAGAGUAAGUGCAAAAGCAAAGCCCAUUGUCCUUCAUUUGUUUGCAUUUCCCAAACAGAAACCUUGAAACAUUAUUCUUCCUUUCUCUCCAUGCCACUAAUAUAAUGUUUUAAUACGAAUGUCUAACAAUCAUUUAUACUAUAAACCGAACAACAGAAAAUAUUUGUUAAAAGCUUGUUCUUUUUCCCCCAUAUGCACCCGAUGCAAACAUCCACAGAUAAAAAGAGAACUGAACCGUUUAUAGCAGUUUGCUUGAUCUUUACUUACUUUUUUUUGUUUGAAACUUUUGCAUGACGUGUGCGGUGUGGAGAUGCGUAGCUGUGUGUUUUUGUGUUAUUUUUCGUUGUUGCUGAGUUUCUAUGAAUUUUUAUAGUGAAUUAUGAAGGGCUCAGGGUUGGUGUGGAAUGCCACUGCAGCAAGGACAGAUUCUGAGAGCUGAUUUUAUGCAUGUUCAAAAAUAGCUAAAUAAACAUGUUUAUAUAAGAAAAAAAAUCAAGGGAAAUUUGCGGACUGUAAAGAAUGUCAAUGGCGUGAGGCUGUAACAAGCUGAAAAGAGCCGAUGUUUUAUGUGUGUUGCAGAUUUAUACGAGUUAAUUGUGAACCAAGAGAGAGGUUACAUGAGUGGUCACAUUUGGUUAUUUUUUAAAUAGCAGAUCAUGAUGGAAUAUUUCAGAUUUUAAAAUAUAAUUUAUGAUUAUUCAUUCAUUUUUGCUAAACAUUUUAUCCUGGUCAAGGAAACCCUGGGCACGAUGCAGGAAUUCACCCUGCACUGGGGCUCCAAUCCUAUGCCAGGCAACAGGCAUAAACGUAUUUACGUUACUCAUACCUUGAGACAAUUUAGUGCCGCGAUUCCACCUAAUUGCAUUUUUUAAGUGGUGGAAAAAACCUAAAUACCUGGAAAAAUGUACACAGACUCUGGGAAAACAUGUGAAACUCUUCACAGACAUUGACUGAAGACAAAAAUUAUUGCAACUCCACCAGCAGCCCCACUGCACUGCCCUAUUCAUUUUUAAGUACAAAUGCAGGGGAAAAUAUAAACUAGUAGGAUGGUUGAUAAGUGCAAAUGCAGUUUUGUAAAUGUAUGAAGUAGUGUUUGACAACAGUAGAGCAUGUACCCCAUAGAAUUGUGUAUCUCAAGGGCUUCAGUCACUGUCUGUGGGGAUAAAUGUAAAGAUUAAAUAAAUUACUUACUAAAACACACACACAUUGAUGUGUCCAAUUAAACAAUGUCUGAAAAAUGUUUCACAGAAGGUCUAUAUUUUAAACAUUUUGUGUUGUUUAUGUAUUUUACCAUUUGACCAUUUGCCUUUGUGGUGCCACAUGUGAAUAUGUGCACGCUUGAAAACAAAUAGACUGUACGGAAGAUCAGAUACCUGGAAAGCAGGUUCCUGGCACACAAUUCAGUAAAACUAAGUAGCGUAGCAAAAGGUACUAAGGCAUUACUUAGUGUUUCUGUAAACUAAGGCCCAUGAUGAGACAUGAUGAGAAAAUAGCAGAAGAAGAAUGAGGGACAGAACAGCGACCAAGGCAUUUAUCUCCUGCCAUGCAGGACAUUUAGCCAGAGGUCAAUGUAGCAUUCUUGUUGGUCUGUCUAUUGAUAACAUGGCCCACAGGAGCAGGCUGUUUAUAUUUGGACAGUCAUGAGAAGAAGGACUUGAGCAUUAUUGCAGUUUUGCACUUUUUAAAUUCCUUGUUCAUUUGUUUUUGUGUCUUAAAAUAGCUACUGUUGAUUUAAUUGUUUGACUGUAGAUUUGCAGAUGAAGAAGUAAAUAGACCUGCUGAUAAGACAAAGUAUAAUCUUUGGCUGUUUCACAUGUGAAGAAAGAGAAAUUAAGAUGUCAUCAGACAAGCAUUUCUCAGUACUUAUCUUAAUACAGAGCAGCAAUCUAGUAUUGUCUACAACUACACAAAUGCUAUCAAGGAAUUUCCCCAAAUUAAAUGGUGUUACUCAUACUCGUGGUGUAAGGAAAUUGUAAGCUAAUUUUUGUUCUAAUAUGUGCAGCAACUUAAAACUGGAUUCACAAACUAGACAGUUACUGAAAUUAUAAACAAAUCCUACUGUACAGUAAACAACAUUGACAUUAACUAACACCUUUUUCAUUCUACUGUUCUUCUGCUGCUUGCACUGGAUAACUGGUAAUAGGCUUCAGUGUUUUGUGACUGCAUAAACACUUUGAUAUGGGUGAUGUAGAUUGUCCUACAUGUCUAACUUGUCUAAUGUAGCAGAAGGAAGCAGAUGCUGUCUACAUGAUGUUUUUACUGAAAUGUCACUGAUAUGUGCACUCUGUUUUACAUGUUGCAGGUACUGACUGUUUACAUGUGUGUGUGCAGUGAUCAAUAAACAGAACUUUGUGCUUUCAAUUAAAUCA